AUGGCCACUCUCAGCAAAGUCCCAACUCGAGCCUUUGGCAAGCACGGCCCAAAUCUCUCACGAUUAGGACUCGGAUUGAUGAAUAACAGUGGAGUAUUUAACCUCCCACCUCCUGAUGCUGAGCGCUUCGUAUUAUUAGACCAUGCCUACAACCGAGGAGAGACAUUCUGGGAUACAGCCGACGAAUAUGGUAAUUCCGAAUACUUGCUUGGUAAAUGGUUCGAUGCGAACCCUGAGAAGCGAAACGAUAUUUUCUUAUCAACUGAAUUCGGUAUUCGACACGUUAAUGAUAGCUUGAGCCCGAACUCGUUGAUUGAUUGA